AUGGCGAAGCCACAGCAACCUUCUGGGGUGAAGAAAAUCCUUGACUCUUUAGGAUUGAAGCUCAAUCUUCCUAUCAUUCUAGUGAUGUUCAAAUAUCAAAAUGCAAGUGUUGCCGAACACUACUCAACCAUUGGUUACCUUAUCCCGAUCAUGUCGUUGCUGGUCGUUCCUAUCCUUCCCAGAGCCAGAUUCGUUUCAGGAUUGUUGAUCACUGGUUUCCUGACCUGCCUCGCUGCGGCCAUAUCACUCCUCUUUAUGUGGAUAUCCACAAAGGCCAGGCAGAAUACGACUCAUAUUGAACAAGAAGCGAUGAGCCAGGGUCCGGUCCCAAAAACCAUGGUUGUACCAUACAAUGCAGCGGCCAGUGCAAAUCAAGCAGUUUGGUUUUUCUUUCUAUUAUGGGCAUACAACACUUUUCGUGCAUUCCGACCGCAAUACUUCCUGCCGCUGAUAGUGUUUGGGAUUUUUAUAAACGUCACCGCAACAUAUGGCUGCAUCUUACCGACCAUAGAGCAUGUGGAGUCACUCAUAAGACGACUUCUCGACACCUUUUUCGUCGGCUUCGGGCUUGCCUUCGCUGUUCACUUUUUGGUACUACCAGUUACCACAAGGGAUCUGGUAACAAUAAUAUUGAAUGAGUAUCUUCAUCACCUUAAGUCUGUUCUGGAUGCCCAACGGGAUUUCAUCAUCUCGCUACACGCCCGUGAUUGGGACAGGCGUGAGACAUCUAGCUGUAGCGAUACCCAGAUUGAGAGCAGUGGAGGUAAAAAGGCAUCAUGGCCAGAAGCAGAAGCAUGGAAAUCUGCAACCGCGGAGGCAACAGAGGAUCAGGUCAAGAUACACUCACAGAUUCGCUACGUGAAGCGCGAGUUCACAUGGUCAAAGUUGAGAGCAGAUGAUUUCGUAUCCAUUAUGAAACUCAUGAAAAAUAUCCUUGCACCCGUUGCCGGAAUGGAGACAGCAGUCCAACUAGCUGUCAGAGUUGAGAAAUCAGGCGGCUGGAGCUCGAUGGAAGCAAGUACGGUGGCGCUAGGCCCUGAAGCCACUUCUGAUGGCACGCCCAUCAGAAGUGAAGAGGAACUCUGGAAACAACUUUUCGAAAAGCUGCAAAAUUCAGCAUUCGGGUUGUGGGACGCUAUGCUCCAAGGGCUAGACUAUGCGUUCUUUACUCUUCAGAUAACGCGAAAGCCAGCAUUCUUCACCAAGGAAGAACUUCUCGCGAGGGCUUCGUCACAAGGAGGGCUUGCAGGCUUCUUGGAGCAGACAAUUCAGGACUUUCUGACCGCUAGGGAAGAGCCAUUGAAACAGUGGUGUCGCCUAACCGGACAAGAGGACGUACUGGGCGCAACAUCAAAGGACCCUCUGAGCCAACGGCACCAGUCUCAGCUCUACUUGAUUCUAAACGUUGAGUUCUGUCUCGUGACUACAGCUAAAGCCAUCCUUGACUUGGUACGAUUUGCCGAUCUAAAAAUUAACGACGGAACGAUGUCCAAGAAACGACUUAUACUUCCAACAAGGAAGCAGCUCAAGAAAUGGGGGAAAUCAUUAUUCACUCGCGAAGACAGUAAUCUAGAUUAUCAAACGUACAGCUAUCGUAGCGGAACUCCGACUGUGCACUUGGGAGACGCACUAGGCGUCACGAGAGAUCCCGAACAUCUGCCACCUGUCAAUCUCUACGAGCGGGUGACCGAUAAAUUCCGUUUUAUUCCAAAGGUCGUUGGAUCCACUGAGUCGUGGUUCGGCUUCAAGGUGGCUUCGGGAACUAUGUUCAUUGCCAUUACUUGCUAUCUCAGGAACUCACAAGAAUUCUACAUCAAGCAACGCAUCAUAUGGGGCGCGGUCAUGGUUGCCAUCAGCAUGACCCAAACAGCUGGAUCUGGCCUCUAUGGCCAGUUUGUCCGACUAUUUGGAACUUUCCUGGCCAUGGUAUUCUCCUAUGUCGAUUGGUACAUUGUUGACGGUCAUACGGCUGGAGUCAUCGUCUUUGUUGGUAUCAGUAUGUUUUUCUAUCACUACUUGUUGGUGACGAAGCCAGACGACCCGGUGAUACCGAUGAUCGGGAUGAUCACUAUUAUGCUAAUCAUUGGGUACGAACUCCAGGUGAAGCAAGUGGGAAUAGCUCUCUCGGUGUCCAAUGGACAAGUCUUCCAUCCAGUUUACGAGCUAGCCCCGUACAGAUUGGCUGCUGUUCUCGGAGGUGUAGGAAUCGCCUCAUUUCUAAGCUAUUUCCCAACGGUGUCUACUGCGCGAGCCGAGAUGAGGAAAGAUCUUGGGAAAACCGAAUACUUGCUUGGCCACUAUUACAGUUCCACGCACAAAGCAGUUUCACUACGUCUGAAAGACUUGGGAGGAGACCACAAAAACAAGAAUAGCCCCCUUAGGAAAAUUGAAAAGGCACGGAGCAAACUUUUCGCGAAGCAGCUUAUCCUCAUUCAGGGCAUGAAGAAUCAUCUGCAGUUUAUGCGAUGGGAACCAACGUUUGGAGGAAAAUUCCCGAGGGCUACAUAUGAACGACUCCUCGACCGGACCCAGAAUAUACUCCGUUUCACUGCAAUGAUUGCCUUUGCCACUAAGACUUUCAAGGAACUUCCGGAAGAUACACACGCGGAUAGUAUAGUUGCGACCACCCUCUCUAAUGAAAGCACCUGGGCCAAAGAUUUUGGAGAGACCAUGUCCACACUUGAGCUUACAUCUCACGGCGUUACAUCUCUCCUUGCGAUACUCUCUGGAGCAAUAACAUCUGGGCGCCCUGUUCCCCCAUAUCUUCGAGUACCAGAUCCUUACCACCUCGGGGAAGCCUUGAACGGCGUCGAUACCGACAUUCUAAACACCAAGCAUGUCUGUGAACCAGGAUACUCUGCCUUUGCAGUCAUGCAACUGAGCACGACGAUGCUGGCAUUGGACCUGGCAGCGCUUCUAGAGGACACGAAGCUCCUCGUUGGCGAGGCCGAAUUCAACCUUGAUAUCGUACAAGAAGACUACGAGAAGCAUGUCGGCUCAAAUUCGGUACCUUCAGCCAUCCGCGCGUCCAAAAAGGAGGAGUGA